AGAAGAUGCCAGAAAACAGCAAACGCCACCAAAAACAGCUUAGCUUUUCAACUCUCUCCUACGCCUACUUCCCUGCUCUUUCUUCUUUCUUCUUCUUCCUCUUCCGAACAUCUUCCUCUUCCCAACAUGGUGCUGACAGAAAAGGAUCUUUCGACUGCCUUGAACGCAAAAAUUAUUGGGUCAGGCAGUGAAGUCAUGGUUCUGGCACAUGGGUUUGGGGGAGACCAGUCUGUCUGGGACAAAAUCCUGCCCUCCUUGUCUCAACAUUACAGUGUUCUUAUUUUCGACUGGAACUUUGCUGGUGCCAUUGAUCAAGAUCUAAACCUCUACGAUCCUGUCAAGUACUCUAAGUACGAUGCUUUUGCCAAUGACUUAAUUGAACUCCUAGAUGAGAUGAGGCUGAAGUCUUUGGUUUUUGUUGGACAUUCGAUGUCUGGUAUGAUUGGAUGCAUCGCUUCCAUCAAAAGACCCGACCUCUUUAAGAGGCUCAUCCUCGUUGGGUCUUCACCAAGGUACAUAAACAUCGAGGGUUAUGAAGGUGGAUUUGAGGACUCAGACAUCGAGCAGAUCAUUUCAAACAUUGAAUCCAACUAUCAAAACUGGGCUUCAGCCUUUGCUUCUCUUGUAGUCGACACAAAAGAUCCCCAAUCGGUAGAUAAGUUCGCAAAAUGCUUGGCAAGAAUGAGACCUGAAGUGGCACUUCCCUUAGCCAAAACUGUAUUUUACAGCGAUGAACGACAAGUUCUCGACAAGGUCACUACUCCAUGCACAAUCAUCCAGACCACCAAGGACCGCGUUGUCCCAAAUUCAGUGCCACUCUAUAUGCAGAAGAAAAUCAAAGGAAAGUCGACUGUGGAAAUGAUAGAAGGUGAUGGACAUUUUCCACAGCUAACUGCGCAUCUCCAGUUCCUUGAUUUGCUAGGACGUGUCCUGGGUUUUCAUGAUCUUGGUCGUGACUAAUGCACGUACAACAUAUAUAUAUAUAUAUAUAUGUAUAUAUAAUUAUCUCAUGAGAUAAUCUAUCUAAGUUAAUUCUAGGGCAAAGUUAAGGAAUAGAUGCAGAUAAUUAGACUAGCUAGCUAGGAGUACUUGUAAUUUCAUCAUGUUCAUGUAGCGUGCGUUUAUGGCUAUGGGAAGAGGUAAGAGCUGCAUGCAUGGUGAAUUAGUUUGGUCUCGUAUGAUGAUGCAGUUUCGUCUUAUUGGAGUACUUUCGAGUUGUUAUUUAUUUAAUUAAAAGCUUUGUGAAGUUUAUAAUUAAAAAUGUUGUCCUGAAAUUAAUACUUUGGUUCUAAUUAUUGUGAGCAAGUAGAACUCUUGGAAAGUAAUUGCUUUUGUCUUUGGAUGUAUCAUGUAUGUUAGACUA